UAUUAUAUUGAAACAGAGACCUGGGUGAAGAAAGAAUAGCCUAGCAUAGAAACAAAUCAUCAUUGAAUAGUAUACUUCUGUGCCCUGGUCGUAUUGAUUCCAAGUUCGAGACAUGAGAUCCAUCAUUCUUCUACCUGAUAUUGGUGACCCUCAUCCAUGUCCUUACACCGUGUCACAAGACGUAGACCUCAGGCUGGAAAAAAAGAAAUCAAUCAAGCGAAUCAAGGAUGACAAUUUGAAGAUAACAGCGCAGAGAUUCAGCACGGAUAAAAAGUUUGCCCGUGAAGUUAUUGGUUUGUUCUUAGAAGAUGUGAUCCAAGAGGACUUGGCCGAAGAAAUUGUGCAUGAGUCACUGAAAGAAGGAAUAAAUGUCAACAAGCUGCCUAUGCCGCCUCCUCAGGUCAAGACUGUGACAGCUGUUGCUCCAUUACCAUCAACAAAAGAAAUGCUAGUUCAAACAGAUCCCACACAGGAGGAGGAUGAAAUCUCGGAUGACGUUCUUGAGGAUCUCAUACAAGAUACAAUUACUGAAUUUCAAGAAGCAAACGUGCACACACUGGUAUGGACUACUGUUCUGGAUCUUAGCAGAAAAAUGAAGUUGCAGGAGUAUAUCGACAAGCUGACGAAAAACUAUAAAAAGCAUCUACUCGACGACAACACUUCUAAGAUGCUAAUGAAAAAAUUUGCUCGUUUGGAAAAAGAGAAUGAUGUUUCAGAGCAGUGCGAAAAAAUUGUCGACACCAUCACAUUUGAUGUUCUCCUAUGCCAGUCGUAUAAAUGGAAUAAUUCAAAGAAAAUCACGGACAAUUAUGCCUUCAAUAACUUGCAAAAUAAACUUUAUAAACAAUCGAUUGCGAACCGUUUGGCAGAAAGUUAUUUGACUCAAAUGGAAAAGGAUCUCAAAACUCCAGAUUUUUAUGAGCUGAAGGAAAAUCCACCAAGAGCAGCAGUUCGUGUGCGUUAAUACGCACUACAGCGCUCAUCUGAUUUACACCGAAAAGUUUUGUAUACAUUCUUUUGCCUAAAACCUAUAAAGAAUGGUCAACUUAAAAACGGUUUAAUUCCACAAGUUCGACGUCAUUAAAAGCUUUUUACUACAAACAGCUAGUUCAAAUCUUAAACAGGAUAUUUUGCUUUGCAACUUAUUUUAACUGUAUGGCUUCAUCAUCGUCCUUUCUCUCCGUAUUUAUUGUUUUUGUUCGUUGGAUAGGGUCAUUUAU